AUGUCAUUUGAGCCCCAGCCCCCCUCAUUACUCUAUCCAAAUGCUGCAGCCGCCGAAGAGGCACUCAAAGACUUUGCCCUGCAGAAUGGCUUCGACCUGAUCAUUGCAGAGCGCUACCCGCGGGGGUCUGGCGACAACUGCACCCGCCUCACCUUCCGCUGCGUCCGGGGCCGCGCAGCAAAACCAAAACCGACAACCGCUGCCGCUGCCGGCGCUUCGUCUUCUUCUCCGUCAAGCGCUCGUGGUCCAGCUGCAGGCAACGCCGCUGCCGCCGCCGCCGCCACAACCGACAGUGGUGGUGACGACGACGACGAGGGAGGCGGCGACGGCAGCGGCGGCACGCCGGCCAAAAAACGUCGGCGCGCCCGUUCCCAAAUGACGGGCUGCCCGUACCGCAUCAACAUCAAGAUGCAAAAGUACGAGGGUAUGGGCUGGCGCAUCGACCGCGUCCAGCACCGCGGCAGCGGCGGGCCCGGCUUGCUCCAGGGCCACAACCAUGACCUGUGCCUCCCGACGGCCUUUUCCACGUUCAGACACCGGAACUUGAAGCGGCAUGAGGCUCGCAUCCUGGAGCUUUACCGGCAGGGUCGGAAGCCGAGGGAGAUCCUGGCGCAGAUCGAAAAGGACAUUGAGGAGCGGCGCGCAGUGGGACACCCAGGGGAGGAGAACGGUAGCGGGGGUGCAGUAGAGAUCGAUUACCACGGGCAGGGGGUUGGGUUCUCUUACCAGGACAUGCAGAACAUGCUGCAGAGGAAGAAGAGGGACGGGCUGUUAGAGGGUCCUGUGGAGGCUAUUGGGGAUGUUGCUCGGGAGGCUCCUGGGGAAGCUCCUGGGGAUGCUGGGGCUGGGAGGGAUUCUGGCGAUGCAGAGAAAAAUGAUGCGAACGGCAUUGGGGAUGAAAAAGUCAAGGAACCUCAAGAUCGGGUCCCGGCGUCAAAUCCUGCUGGAGUUGAAAGCAGUCCAAAAACUCCAGCUGUACAGUCUUCAUAG